CGGGCCGAAGGGGUUAAGCGCUGACAACGUCGGCAGCUGAGCCGCGCUGGCUUAGCGCGCAACAUCUGGAGCAGGCGGAGGCGGGGAGGGGGCUUUGCAGAGAGAGAGAGAGUGGGGGGAUCUGGCGCAUUGGCAAGCGCUGAAUGGCUCCGGGAAGGCGCAAGGCAAAAGUAGACGGCUAGGUUUCUCUGCUGCGGAAGAGAGUUUGAGACUUAGACCAUGCCUGUUCCUCCUCCUCCCGCUCCUCCGCCUCCUCCAACACUGGCUGUGGCCAACACAGAGAAGCCUACUUUAAACCGGUCAGAGCAAGCAGGGAGAAAUGCUCUUCUGCAAGAUAUUAACAGAGGAAAAAGGCUCAAAAAGGCUGUUACCAAUGACAGAAGUGCCCCAGUUAUUGAGAAGCCUAAAGGAGGAGGCGGCGGUGGCGGUGGCAGCAGUGGCUUUAGCAGCAGUGGCGGCAGCAUCAGUAGUGGCAGCAGCUACAGCGGAGGUGGACCACCGGGUUUAGGAGGCCUGUUCCAAUCAGGGAUGCCAAAGCUCAGGUCUACGUCAAGCAGGGACAAUGACUCUCCAGGAGGCCGAGCUCCAGUUUUUCCACCGGGAGGAAGAGCCACGUCAGCCAAGCCCUUUUCACCUUCAGGUGGCGUAGGGAGAUUUCCAGGGCCUUCUUUUGGGCAAAGAACUGCAAUGCCAGAGCCACAGAGAAGCCGAAUGCCACCCCCAAGACCUGAUGCCAAUUUUAAGCAUGACACAGGUGCCCCUCCUGUGCCAAAUACACCAAGACCUAUCCAGUCAACUCUUUCAAAUAUGUACAAUAGAGGACCACCUCCUGUUCCAUCAGCAUCCAGACAAAACAGCUUAGGGCUUACGCCACCACCUUUCCCAGGAAACAGAAAUGUAGGAUUUGGAGGAAAUUUUCGCCAGUCACAACCAGGUAGUUCUUCUCCCUUUUCCAACCGACCUCCUCUUCCUCCUGCACCAUGCAGAGCCGCUGAAGACAAGCCACCUCCACCCCCACCUCCAGCAGCAAACAGGCCGCCUCUCAAUAGAGAGCCUUCCCUGCCACCUCCCCCACCUCAAAACAGCAGGCCUCCUGUACCUUCCACACCGCGGCCAUCUUUCUCCUCACAGGCUCCGCCUCCCCCACCUCCAAGUAGGCCAGGCCCACCUCUGAUUCCACUGACAGCCGGUGGGAAUGACGAAAUGCCACGACUUCCUCAAAGAAAUCUCUCUCUAUCAUCUCCUUCGCCACCAAGCUUGCCUAGUUCUGUUCGUUCCGGACCCCUUCCACCUCCACCAAACGAGAGGCCACCUCCUCCUGUAAGGGACCCACCCAGUAGAUCAGGACCCUUUCUUCCUCCUCCACCACCAAUCAGCAGAAAUGGUAGCACUUCACGAGCAUUGCCAGCUACUCCACAGCUACCUUCCCGAGGGACAUUUGAUAAAGUUCGAAGCGGGCUGGUGCCGCCACCCCCUCCUGACAGGCCUGGGUGUGGAGCUCCCCCUCCGCCUCCCCCUCCAUCGUCAGCUCUCCGAAACGGGUUCCAAGAUUCUUCAUGUGAUGAUGAGUGGGAGAACCGGUUUUCCUUCCAUCCCUUGGCUGAUUUACCACCUCCAGAACCGUAUGUGCCCAUGAAAAAGAGCUACCCCAGUAAACUGGCAAGAAAUGACAACAGAAGUGGAUCGAGCCGCCGAGAAAGAGGUGCUCCUCCACUUCCACCUAUUCCAAGGUGAAAUGGGACCUCCAAGUUGACUGAUCUUCAACACCUGGUGAACCUCCUUCAUUCAGUGUUUUGUCAGAAGACUGCCUCUCCAACAGCAUUUUCCUUCCCUUCGGAGAGAAGUCCCUAACAUUUUAAAAUGGCAGAAUCCAUGUCCAAGCUUAUUCCUUUUUAAAUUCCUGCUCAAUUUAAAUGAGACUAAAAGUGCUUGCUUUGGAUUUCCACGUUAGUUUAUUGACUAUAGAUUCGCAGGUUAUGAUCCUUAACCCCAUUUUCUUGGAAGUUUUAUAUCCAAAUCAAUGGGAUCUGUCUCUAAUAGGGUACUUAUGAUCAGGGUGGUAUAGAUUAUACUCCCCUUGCCAAGUCCCCAAAGGCAUAAUGGGGUGCAUUUGCAACUAUGCACUCAAAGAGUCCAAUCUUUUUUCACAGUCUUUGCAGCAUCCAUGAGAGCAAGACAGUUUUAUUUAGCACAAAGGUCAGUAACCAUGAAUCUGAAUCUGUAUUGUAUCCAGCCAGAAAUGGGUGUGCUGUCCAGAGACUGAGACCUUCGGUUCUCUUAGGCACGCUAAAUGUGGCUCCCCAUGUGCUCCCACAACGCAUCCUGGGUUAGUUUGCUGAUCAGUUGGAUCACAUCAGUUUGAUGAUGGUAAAACCAGGUGGCAUGGAAGUUGAUGCAUUCCAUCUCAGGGAAAGAAAAGGGAACAAUUCAAUUGCCUUAUUCUCUCAACGACCUACCAAACCUGGAAUGAAUUCCAGCUUUUCAGAGACCAAAGGAAAGGGUUGCUAGGAACUCUGGCAGCAGCUUUCGUGAACGCACCGAAAAUUCCAAUGCCCUGUUCCAGAUUGAAGCGCUAUGAGAAAAAGAAACAAGGUUUCUGAGCACCUGGAUGAAGAAUGAUGAACAAUCCAUCCUGUUUGAUCCAGCGGCCUUGGUUGCACGUGGAGUGCUUUUUUAAAAAAAAGGUAAACUAAAAACUGGACAGUUGGCUGCUCAGGAUUUGUUAUUUUCCCAAUGCACAACUGAGAUUUUAGAUUCCAACCAAGAGCUUUUCUCACACAGUCCAGAUAGCUUUAUAUGUCCUCCAUCGGAUUGGGUGCUAGAAUAGUUCUAAUGUGAUUUCUUGGAGGCUGAUUCCUCGUUUUGCUAAUGGGAAUGCAGUUAAAUUAUCUUUUCUCUCUGGGGUGCGUCUUACCCACAGCUCUGCGUGUUUUGCAUAUAGUGCAUUAUUGCAAUGUUGUCUACUUGGAGGAGCCCUAGAGAAAAGAUUCCCCCUCUAAAUCAGCUAAUGCAUAUCGGUAUCUUUCUUUACUUACAUGUCUCUCUGCCUGUUAUCUCUCUCUUGAUAAAGUUGAAACUAUUUUAACUAUGGAAGUUUGAGGGGGUUUGUGUUUGUUCUGGUCUUUGUACAGCAUCAAGCCUCCCCAUACAAGCAGGACAUGUCUGAAGGCCUGAUGCAUUCCAUUGACUAGUACAAAGUCCCACUUGAUUCUUUUAGAGUGCAAAAUAGUUGGCUAGUCUUGAGCACUGGCUUUUCUGCAACAUUCAGUUGCUAUCAAAUAACUGGUUUUUUUCUCCUCUCCUGAAAAGCUAUAGGGAAGUAUUUCUUGGGUACACAUUCCUGGCAUUUGUGACAGGUAGAACAUGUGUGUUAAAUGUUCCAACCAGUGUUCAGUUCAGGUCCAACUGAUACAGCUUAUUCGGCAAGAGAAAGAGGAUCCCUAGGGUUGUUGUUGGGAAUAUUCCUGACCAACAAAAUUGCUAUUUAGGUAAUGCCCUGGCCUGGAUAGCCCAGGCUAUCUCAAUCUUGCCAGAUCUUGGAAGCUAAGUAGGGUUGGCCCCAGUUAGUACUUGGAUGGGGACCACCAAGGAAGUCCAAGGUCAUGACACAGAGGGGGGCAGUGGCAAACCAUCUCUAAACAUAUCUUGCCUUGAAAACUCCAUGGGGUCACCAUAAGUUGGCUGCAACUUGCUGGCAUAUUCCACCACCAUCACCACCGCAAAGUUCUCAAGACAGAUUCCUGAGGAACAUCUCUCCAGUAUUGCUUCCUUCUUAGCAUGCAUAUUGGAGACCACAGGAUGCCCUCUCUGCUGAAGAAAAGGAACUUGAAAGAGAAAAGAAUCCAGAUGUGAAAUAUAUUGUUACAGUUAAGUUGUGAAAGAACAGUUGGCAAAUUUAGAGAGGCACAUAAAAAUGUGUGUAUCUUGGAGGAAAAGAAUUCAGAAAUAACCACAGCGGUGUUUUGUAUGAAUGACUGAUGGCUUUGCUUUAGGCCAGAGAUAUGCAGCCUUUAUUGGCUCAAGCGAUGACAGAAAACAUGAUGUCUACUUGGGAGGUUGUUGGUGUGCCAGAAAAACUAGGAGUGUCUGAGGCUGGCAAGGAGAGAGACGAGGGUUGCACUUGGCCAAACAUACUGGGAAUAGGCUGAGCCACAAGGUUAUUGCCAACACCUCAGAGACUUGUCUUUUAGACCUUGUGUGUUCCCAUUGAUAAAUACAAAGUAGUUGGGAGCUUGGUAUGUAGAAAAGACGAGUAGCUUAGCAUGUUCAGUAUAUGGGUACACAAAUGCACGCAUACACCUUUUUGUGAUCUUUUUGACAAAAAAGUAUCAUUGCUGUUAGCCAUUUAUAGAAUUGAAUGUGGAACUGUGUUCCAUGGUCUCUUUCCUAGGUUGGAAUCCUUAUAAAAGAUGACUUCCAGGGAUCCAAAGAUUCUACCCAUUCAGAUUUUCUAGCAACUGUAGAUUUGAUCUAUGUUUAUUUCAGUUCUUACACAAAUGUCCGAACAGAGACAGCAUUCAGGAUUCUUUCAUAGUUUAUAACAAUCCUGUAUUUUGGGGGGGCAGACUACAGCUGUUCCCCAGUGCAUUUACAAGCAUGACUUAUCCAGUAUUAAUAUUUCCAUAUUUUGGUCCAGUCACCCUUGUGGGUAGAUUUGUGUUUUAAACAAACACACACACGCACACGACGUUUUUAAAAAGCAACAAAUUACUACUUAAAUGUCUGUUGAGACAGGAGCACUUAAAAGUUUUCUGAAGAGCAAAUAAAACUCAAGUAUUUAGAGGGCAGAUGUUUAUUUCAAAAUAUGCCCCAGCAGUUGUACAUUUUCUGUAAGUUGCUUAAGGGAAAAAAUGUCUUUUUGAAUGCAUCAGUGAGGACGAUACAAAUGAAUCCAGAGUCCCUUUCACUGCUGGGGGUAAUGCUUCAACUGACCUCUAAGGGCCAGUCUUCAAGCACAGUAGAAUGGAGAAAAACUGGAAAUGUAAAUGGUAAAUUGAACUAUUUUGCUGUUGGAGACUGCAGAUAAGCUGUGAUGGCAAUCCUAAGAACAGUUUCUUGGGAGUAAGCCCCACUGAAUAAAAUGGAACUGACUUUUGAGAAGACCUUAAGACUGCUCCCUGCAUGUUUCCACGUUCUAGAACAGUAGUUCUCAACCUGUGGGUUGUGACCCUUUUGGGGGUCGAGCGACCCUUUCACAGGGGUCACCUAAGACUCUCUGCAUCAAUGUUCUCCAUCUGUAAAACGGAUAAAUGUUCUGGUUGGGGGUCACCACAACAUGAGGAACUGUAUUAAAGGGUUGCGACAUUAGGAAGGUUGAGAACCACUGGUCUAGAUUCUUCAUUCUCUGUAAGCGGAAAACUUUUUGUCACAUGGGAAGAGCUGGGCCACAUUUUCUCUUGUCUCUUUUUAAUUGCUGGGAGGUUUUUUAAAAAAAACAAAACAAGGGGAAGCAUUUAAAAUGCCUCCUUUCCCCCCUACAAUCUGACGUGUGUACAGCCUCUUCCACCAUAUUGGAAUAUGACCAACAUGUAUAGAGCUUGUUUCAGUUGGGGCAUCUAUUAUGCGUGAGAACCUUUUGAGAAACGGUGGGCAUUCUCGAGUGGAAAUGUCAGUCAAGGGCCCAUUCCUAUCCCUGUUUAUGUCUUUGUUGUUGCUGCCACUGAAUCAUCUCUUGGGCAAAUCAAGUUAUGAAGCUGUGUUCUUCAGUCAGGAGGCCGGAACCUUUGAUAUAGAGAAGACAAGGCAAACAUGAAGGGCAGAGAAAAAGUAGAACAAAAAGAAGAUGCCCGGUGAACCCUACUGGUGGGACAUCCAUUCCUGUAGCAUUUUGAAAAUCAAAUUUGGUUUUAUUUUCCACCGUCAGCUGGCUGUAUGUUUGGGGACUUUAAUUGCAGUGCAAUAUUAUCGGAAUUUCUAACCAAAGCCUUAGUUUUUAGAAUGUCAUGCGGCCUUCAGAGAAUGAAGCGACAAGCACUUCUCUCUUCCUCAGAGGAUGACAUUUGAGCACUUUCUCUCCUAUAGGAAUCUUCCUCAAAGUACGUGUUAAACAUUGUCAAAGAAUAUUUCAGAGGAGAAAAAGAAAAUAGGACCUGUUUAUGUUGGGCAGUGUAAAGCAUCUCUCUCUUUCUUUCCACCAGAUACAUUUUUAAAAAGCAUUUUAUGUUAGUAAUAUCAUUUUAUUACUGCUAUCUAGAUUAAAGUAUUUAUUCAUUAUGCACAACUUGCAAGCAGCAGAAAGCAAACUGGUUUCUUCCCAGUGGUGCCUUGCUACUUUUUAAAUCCCACUUUUAAAAUGUCUAAAUGGCUAUUUUUUAAAAAAUGGUUCUUGUACAUGCGUUCUCCACAGCCAUCCUUGACAAUAUCAGAAAUCUGAUAAUACUGUAUGAUGUGUAUGUGUUUGAGGCACAGUUACAACACUUUCUAUUCCUUUGCUGUAUAAACACUGUUAUAUGGAAGUGUUAUGGAUUUCAGGAGGAAUAUCAGAUUGUAACUUAGGUCAUGUCAUAUCAAAGAAAGUUUGGGUUCGAUCAAUGGAACUUCCAAAUGACUGAGUUUAGAUCAAAGGUCCCCAACCUUUUUUCACUCACAUACCCCCUGGUAUCCCAUUUCCCGAAAACUGUACCUCAUAUUAGCAAGCCCAUAAUGUAAUUUUUUCAUGUACCCCCAAAUGCUCUGGCGCAUACCCCUAGGGGUACACAUACUCCAGGUUGGGAACCACUGGUUUAGACUCAAGGUCUUUAACCAAGCAAAAAAAAUGUUUAAACCCUACCCAUGAGAUGUUUUUAAAUAUAUAUGUAUGAAUGAAAUGGAUUGUGAGUUUAGAAAGCAAUCAUUUCCAAUGAGAAAUGCAUAAAACCUCUUUUUUUGUGAAAUUGCACACACAUAUUAGUCCAGAAUGCCCUCACUGUAAAUAAGAUGGUGUCUAUUAACUUUGCAUUGGGUUAUGAAUAUGCCCAUUUUAGAGAAUCUCUGGCCCCUUCCGCACAAGCAGAGUAAUGCACUUUAAAUCCACUUUCAAUGCACUUUGCAGCUGGAUUUUACUGUGGAAUAGCAAAAUCCACUUGCAAACAAUUGUGAAAAUGGAUUGAAAGUGCAUUAUUCUGCAAGUGCGGAAGGGGCCUCUGUGUUUAUCACUGUGACUCACCUGUGAGACAAAAGAGAUGACAGAUGAAAAUAAUAUUUGUCCAAAGCAACAAUUUACAAUAAAAUUUGAACAAAUGUUUGUCAGAGAUCAGCUGUAUUUGAAUUUUUUAAAAUAAAAUGAAUGCAUGAAGCACCUACA